CACACCCUUCAUUUCCAUAAGAUUAAAGCAACGCCUCCCUUUUCCACUCUGCAUGCUAAACAGCUGCUCUCCAACACUUACAGCAGCCUCUGUGGGUUUUCAGCACGCUGGAAUGACGCAUUCAACAAUGCAGCAAUAUGAAGCUGCAAACCAAAGACUGUAGAAAGAAGAUGGACAGCCAAAGCUUGUGUGUUAAAGAAACUGAGGUUACAAAAAGAAGCCUGAGGGGAAACAGAUUCUUUAAUCCGGUGAUUUAAAACCUCAUUAAACACUUUCCCGAUGUGUUUAUGGUCUAACCCGAGUUUCAUGGUUGUAAUGAAUAAAAUGUUUUCUCUUGUAUCAGCCGCGAUUGAUUGGUUUCUGUUCCUGGUAUGAAAACGUCUGAAAGUUCAAAGUAUUUUUUAAUCUCCACCCCUCUUCAAUCUCUACUUCAGUGAUGUGAAACAUGAAGCCCGGGGGGCAGAAUCGGCCCAGCAAAGACUGAAGAAGGACAUAAACUUUGGGUUUUGAACUAUAUUUUGCAGGUUUUACAGUCCGUUUGUUUGGGGGUUUUACUACAAUACUACAAAAUAUUUCAUCGACAAUCAUUAACAAGUUUCGGUGAGCUCCCAGAAACUUAUCUGUAAUUUUACUUUUAAGCCCAAAGACUCGUGCUGACAGAUUUCUUUAUCUUUCUUUUCUUUCUUUUUUUUUUCUUUUUUUUUCUUCCUUAUAUUAAGAUAUCGCGGGAAUUAAAUGUGCAGUUAAACUUCUUUGCAUUCCCAGACAGAGAAGCUUCACUGGUCUGGGCCAUUUAAAGCCCAAACCAGGCCCGUGAUGUAAAACGAGUUUGACAUCCCUGCUCUGUGUGGAGGUUUUGUGUAUUUCCAUUGUAUUGUGUGAAAUGGAAAAAUGAUAAAAUUCUACUUAUUUUCUCAGACUGCUUUUUGUUUUCUUUUAAAUGGGGCGAGAGUCUUUCCCUUCCAGCUCGGGUCCAGGCUUUUAGCCACGGUGAACACUCUCGUUCUCUGCUUUAAUUAGUGCCUCAGGUUGUGGCGGCCUCAUCAUGAAAAAGCUCCUGCUAUGCAGGGUGCGGUGUAUGAACUGAAAAUCUGACGUCACGCCGAGCAGUAUUGAUGUGUGACGUCAGAGCCGAUCGGUACCGAGCAUCAGCUGUGAGUCAGUCAGGAGGAGAGCUUCACCUGCAGUGUCUCCGUCUCUUUAAAGGGGGACUGGGCGGGUCACAUGCCGGCUCCGGUGUCCCCUCCUCCGUGUCUUACCGGAGUCUGAGUGUGUGUGAGCGUGGGUCCAUGCGCGCGCGCGCGUGUGUGUUGUUGAUGUUGUAAACCGGCUCCCGGCCUCGCUCCGCGUCCUCUCCGUGUCCCGGUGUGUAUAUAAAGACUCGGAGGAUGUCCGCCCGCUGAGCUCCAGGGACGAGAUGCUGCCGCUCGGACUGAUGCUGCUCCUGCUGCCGGCCCCCCGCCUCUCCCUCCGCCCCGCCGCUCCUCCUCCCGCAGCCCGGGGCGGAAUACGGGGCGCCCGGCGUCGCCUUGGCCCGGUCCGCUGCAGAGGAGCCGACCGGCACCGGAGAGGAGGAAGACGCAGGGGAGCAUGAUCAUCAUCACGGCGGCGGGUACCGGGUGGUCCAGUGGGAGUGGAGCUACGUCCAGACCCCGUACAUCAUCGCCAUCUGGCUACUGGUGGCCAGCGUGGCCAAGAUCUUGUUCCACUUCUCCCAGCGCUUCACCACCGUGGUCCCAGAGAGCUGCAUGCUGAUCCUGCUGGGUCUGGUCCUGGGCGGGGUCGUCCUCAUAGCCAAUAAGAAGCAGCUAUACCAGCUAGAGCCCAGCCUCUUCUUCCUCUUCCUGCUGCCGACCAUCGUGGGUGAUGCCGGAUACUUCAUGCCGGCCAGGCUCUUCUUCGACAACCUGGGAGCCAUCCUGACAUACGCUGUGGUGGGAACGCUGUGGAACGCCUUCUGCACCGGGUUCUCCCUGUACGCUGCCAAACUGCUGGGGUUCAUAGAUGAGCACGUGCAGGCCGAAAUGUUGGACUUCCUGCUGUUCGGCGCCUUGAUCUCAGCCGUCGACCCCGUGGCGGUGCUGGCCGUGUUCGAGGAGGUUCACGUCAAUGAAACGCUCUUCAUCAUCGUGUUUGGAGAGUCACUGGUCAACGACGCCGUCACCGUGGUUUUAUAUAAAGUCUACAUUUCCUUUGUGGAAGUGGGAGCAGAGAAUGUGCAGACAGCAGAUUACUUCAAAGGAGUCGCCUCCUUCCUCAUCGUCAGUAUCGGGGGGACUAUGGUGGGUCUGAUCUUUGCCGUCAUCUUGGGCUUCAUCACUCGCUUCACCAAGAAAGUCCGGAUCAUCGAGCCGCUCCUCGUCUUCCUGAUGGUCUACUUGGCCUACCUGACCGCCGAGCUCUUCUCCCUGUCCGCCAUCCUGUCCAUGACCUUUUGUGGCAUCGGGGCCAACAAAUAUGUGGAGGCCAACAUUUCCCAGAAGUCUCGAACCACGGUGAAGUACACCAUGAAGACUCUGGCCAGCAUCGCAGAGACCAUCAUCUUCAUCUUCCUGGGCAUCUCAGCUGUGGACAAGUCAAAGUGGGCCUGGGACACGGGCCUGGUGUCCUGCACCCUCGUCUUCAUCUUAAUUUUCAGAGCUGUCGGUGUGGUUGGUCAGACCUGGGUCCUGAACCGCUUCCGCCUUGUGCCACUGGAGAAGAUCGACCAGGUGGUGAUGUCAUAUGGCGGCCUUCGAGGAGCAGUGGCGUUCGCCCUAGUGGUACUGCUAGAUGGCGAGCAAGUCAAAGCCAAGGAUUACUUCGUCGCAACGACGAUCGUGGUCGUCUUCUUCACCGUCAUGUUUCAGGGUCUGACCAUCAAACCGCUGGUGAAGUGGCUCAAAGUUCCUCGUGCCACCAACAGGAAGCCUACCAUCAACGAGGAGAUCCACGAGAGGGCCUUCGACCACAUUCUGACUGCGGUGGAGGACAUCGCAGGACUGCAGGGAUAUCACCACUGGAGAGACAAGUGGGAGCAGUUUGACAAGAACUACCUGAGUAAGCUGCUGCUGAGGAAGUCCGUCUACAGGAAGAGUGAACUGUGGGAGGCUUAUCAGAAGAUCAACAUCAGAGACGCCAUCAGCGUCAUCGACCAGGGUGGGAACGUCCUGACCUCAGCCAGACUGUCUCUGCCCUCGAUGGCCAGCAGAGCCUCGUUCCCCGAAGUCACCAACGUCACAAACUAUCUACGUGAGAACGGCAGCGGUGUGUGUCUGGACCUCCAGGUCAUCGAUAACAUUCCUGGAGCCAAAGUGGAGGAGGACAUGGAGACGCACCAUGUCCUCGCUGGAAACCUGUACAAACCCAGGAGACGGUAUCAGUCCCACUACAGUCGUCACUUCAUGCCGCUGGGGGAGCAGGAGCGCCAGGACCGGGAGGUGUUUCAGAGGAACAUGAGGAGCCGCAUGGAGACCUUCAAAUCCACCCGAUACAAACGCCACAAGAAGGAGCGCAGCCUGAAAAAGCGGCGAGGAUCCGACGUCAAGGAGGACGGCAGCGAUAAACCCAGACGUAACGUCAGCUGGCAGGACAAAGAUCCGGUGGUUGUUCCCGUGGAGACGGAGGACAAAGCUGAACAUUCAGAUCCAGAGAAAGACGAAGACGUCGGGAUCACCUUCAUAGCUCGGAAGGCCGAGACGCCAAAGCAGCGACCCAAAUCGGUGCCAGCAGCUCUGGAAGGGUGUCAAAUUCCGCUACUACCACCACCACCACCUGCACCGCCCUCACCACCACCCGCACCCUCCUCACCAACCAGUGAAGACAGUCAUUUGCCGUGGAAAGGCAGUCUGGGCUCGCCUCCCCCCUGCGUGUCUUUGGAGGCCACAAAGAUCAUCCCAGUGGACCUCCAGCAGGCCUGGAACCAGAGCAUCUCCUCUCUGGAGAGCAUCUCUUCCCCACCGGCCCCUGCUGAGCCCGUCCACCCACGGGUGAGCGCCCUCUCCAGGCUGGGUGGACCCCGCCCAGCUUCCUACACGCCACCCGGCAGCGCAGCGGGCAGCACUUUCUCCAUCGGACCUCAGGUGUCUCAGGGCUCAUUCCUCUUCCCAGACAAGAAGAAGGAGGAGGAGGAAGAAGAAGAGGACGUGGAAGGGGGAGUGGCUGCGGAGAUGCAGCCGCUCAUGUCUUCCCUGAAGCCCCCCGGGCCAUUGCCGCCUCCACCGCCGCCACCUAGCUCCGCCCCUGGCUCUGGGAGGAGGAGGACCCCCUGUGUGUACCUGAGGAGCCUGGUGACAUCACCCCCUCCUGAGCCUCACAGCAGAGGCCCCACCCAACUGUAACAGCAGAUCCCAGAUCAGUGGAACAUCAGCCACCUGCAGAGCAGGGCUGGACUCCACCAAUCAGCAGCUUCAGGAUACUCACAGACAUCAGGUGAUGUGCUUCCUGUUAGGCCGUCCAAUAGGAAACUAGCUCAUCAUCCAUCCUCCCACAGCUGCACCUCUUAGCAGGUCCGAUCUUCUCUCCUGUAGCCUGAGCUCCAUGUGACCAACCUGCAGAGGUCAGAGGUCACCUGCUGCUUUUGAUCUGCGCGUCACCAGCCGACACAGGUGCAGACAGGUGUUCAGAUUCAGGUGACUGUUAGGCAGGUGAACGGUGUGAUGUUACAGAUUUUAUCAGAUCUCAUGUUCCGACUCAAAGCAGCCGUGUGUUUAUGUGUCUCUCGUGGCUUUCAGCUUCCUGUCUCCGCCUCUUUAGCCUUUUCAUUUUCCUCAAAAAUGCAGAGUUUUGUCUUUUGACCUCAAAGCAGGGUAAAGGGGGUCAGACUGAUGGUACUCCAAAGCUCCACGUGGUUGUAGUUUUUGGACAUGAUUGAGUGAAUUAGCUGAGUUCCUGCUGCUGUUUCAUCGGGAUCGUUUCUUCUCAGUCUGCGGCUCUCAGCUCUGAGCCCAGUGCUGAAGCCUUAAAGCUUUCUGAAAAGGUUUGGUAAUUCCUUCAGAAAGCUCUCUGUAGUUUUAUCAGAUAAACAGGAGGACAUAGUGUAUUUAUUUGGAGCUAUUUUCAGUGGCAGGCUAAUCAACAUCUAAGUCCAGAGCCAAGAGAAGUUUCCCUUCAAGGCUUUCUGAUUCAUUUUAAAAGUGGAGAGGCCACAAAACACUAACUAUCUGUUCACCAUCCGGAGGGACUCAAGCCUAGAAUCAACCUGCCAACCCAGUGAUUAUCAGACAAAGCCCUACCGCUAGCACCACAGAUGGAUGUCCUCACAGUGGGCAUAAAACCGAGGCACCUUAAACAUCAGCGUUCUAGUAAAGAUUAUAUAUGCAGCUUCCUGUCAGCUCUUCUCUCUCAUAAACAUGUUUGCCAGCUUUAUUUAUCCUGAUGUCUGAGAGUGGAUGGCAAACAGGGAGAGAGUUAUAAGUAACUUUAAAAGCACUACCAGGGCCGUGAAGUCAAAGAGGCCUUUGUCUUUCUGUCAGAAAGUCCUGCAGACAAACUUCUUUAGUUGAUCCUUUCACUGUCUGUUUGAGUCUGUACGUGAACCGUCUGAUCUCUGUGUGGCCUCAUGGACAGAAUCAGCUCUGUCUCGCUGCUGCUCUGCUGUAGGUCUGCGUAGGAAAAUCUGUGUGUUAUUGAUCAAAUCCGCAAUUUAUGACUACGUAAUCACGUAUCAGCAUAUUCUUGCUGCAGAUGGACAUUAACAAAGUCCAUUUGAUUGCAAGUUGGAGGACAAUUUCAUAUUUUAUGUAGUUUAUUACAAAGUCAAGGAGUUAUAAGUGACAUAGUGAGUGCAAUAUAAUCACAGAUUAUGAAUAAAACAAUAAAAAUAAUCCUUGGUCCUUGGUUGUAGCAAAGUGCAUUCAAACCCCUCUCUGCAGCUGCUGACUUGGGCCUGAUUUUACCUGUUUAAUGUUGAUUUGUUACUAAUCAAAUACCUUCACAAAUUCAGAGGUUUUUUCCCUUUAAAUGUCCUUUAAUCAGUUGCUGGUUGAGGUAAAUUUUCUGGUGCAGAUUGUAAAACCUAACUGCAGACAGCAGCAGGGGGCGCUGCUGCACAGAGGGGUUAAGGCCUCCACCUGCUGCCACCCUUUAACCUGAGCUGAUAGAAGCUUUUCUGACAGAGUUCUUUGCUUUGCUCCGAAUCUGAAUGUGUGUAUUUAUUCUGUCAAAGCUGCUCGUAAACCGUAAAAAUCUGAAAAUGUAUUUUGUAAAACUGCAGACAUAUAAAAUCUACAGAAUAGUUUAUUUUAAAUGACCAAAGUGUGUAAUAACAAGCAUAAUGAACAUAUCUAUGGCGUCUGUAACUGCCUUACUCUGUCGUGUCUGUGUUCAGCUGUGUGUUGAUUCAGUGUUCAUGUCUUACUGUGUGUGUGUGUGUGUGUGUGUGUGUGUGUGUGUAGAGGUGGACAACAGUCUCCGGGCCGUCCGCACGUUCUUAUCCCACCAGCAGGCAAACAUGUUUGUGUGAUGUUUCUUUAGUUUUCUCUUGUUUUGCCGAAGAAUGUUUUUUUGCCUUAACGUCUCAUCGAGCUGCUUUUACUCUGUCAGCCGAUCACAAAUCUGCAGCAUCUGCAGCCGCUCAGCUUCACCCUCAAAGUCCCGUCGGCCUCCCAAUCCAGAAAGCACACAGAACAAAAAACUGACAUGAGAUCUCACUGUUCUCCACAGUGCUGAUGCUCCAUAGACUGUAUAUAAAAGACAGCAUCGUGUUUGAAGCCUCGGGCUGAGGUGGCUCUGACAGUCGCAAGAGAGCUGUGCCGUAAAUCAUAGCCGGCUUUAUGCUCUGUUUUAGUUUAAAGGGGACCAUAAUUUCCAAAAUGAACAUCGUGUUGUAUUCAGUAAAACUUGAAACCAGAGUUUUAGACGAUGCACUCAUCAGGAACGUGCCGUAAUAAAUAUAGAAUAAUCAUAUACAUACAAAUCCAAAUAUAGGGUUUUGUUUUUACAAUUAGAGGAGAUGCCCCCUGCUGGCCAUUAGAAAUAAUACGCUCUGCACUGGCUUCACUUUUCAGACCCAGAAGCGACAUCCAGCUUUGACCUGCACUUCAAAACAUUUCAGCCAGAGUGAGCUAAUUAUAAAACUCUGUGAGUGUCACACGGGAAGCUGCAGGAUGGAAGAAGGUUACAGUUUCUUUAUUUUCCAAAGAAUUUUCAUUUUCAGUUUAUUGAUCUUUAAGUUGAAACUCCCUGCCUAACAGUAUAGCUGCUGUUAGGUUUUUGUUUUACUAGAGUGCAGGAUUUAAGACAUUCAGAGUAAAUAAGUCUUUGCAAAGCCACCUGACUCACAGAAAUGUCAACAUCUCAACCUCAGUAAACACGCCAACGCCUGUUCCAGCUCGCUGAACUGACACAUUUUUAUUUUGUCCUUCAUUUAAAACGAAGCGCCUGAGAACAUCUCAGAAUCCUGUAAUAUUUUGAUUCAAAACUUAAUCAGCUUUACUUUAAAACGACCGAUACAUAUUUUUUGUGGCAUCCUGUUUUUGCAACUUCACACAGUUAAAGUUGGCACCCCAAGCACAAACCAGACAUUUUGGUCUUUCUUCUGUUCUUUUUCCUUCCUCGUUGCAUGUUAGGCUGAAGCUACCCCUUGAAAAAGCUAACACAAAGUAGCAGCGCAUGUGUAAAUAACUGAAGUGCAAAGACCUGAAUUAAGACGGAGUGAAGUGCACGCUGAGUGGCUGCAGCAGGCUGCUGUGAUCUGCUUCGUCUCUGCUGUCGCCUCGUGGUGCAGCCGUGAUAACAGGAAACAUGUCGCUGCUUGUAGAGAGGUCUUCGCACUGUAAACAUACUUGAACCUGGAGCUGAUGCGGUGGAUGCAAGGGGAUGACCUCGCCGUGUCCAGUCGAUCAUUGCCGCAGUGAUGCCUGAAUCUCUGAGACAGGGGAACGUUCUGCACAGCGGCAGGUCUUCGUCUGUUAGGCCUGUGAUUCGGGCCGUUGUUUGGAAAAAUCCAAUGAAUCGUGUCUGUCUUUGUGCCAAAUGUGUGUUAGCUUUGGCUUCGGCCCAGAGAUCCAAGAGUCAAUAAAUGUGAGGAGUGUUUUUCUGAAUGAGCCCACCUGUCUCCGUGCUUCUUUAUUCUACCUGCUGCUUUACUCUUUUGAUGCUUUACUUUUAAUGUCUGAGGGAAACAUUGCUUCAUUACGUCUGAUACUGUUACUCAAGACUGUGCAGAGUAACAGAACCUAAAACGCCCUCAGAAUGCAACCACCAAUCAGUGGACAGAUGUUUUUAAACUACACCUGUACACUGUAAUGUACCUUAGCAGUGCACAGAAAUACUAUAAUACACAGUAAUUUAUGCUACUUUAUCCUUCUGCUCCAUCUCAUUUAAGACGAAAUGUUACAUUUUUACUUGACAUUUAUUUUACAGUUCUCCUUCAGAAUAUCAGACAUCACUAAAAUAAAUGUUAGUAAAGUAAACAUAAUUUGAAGUGUUCUCAAACGGUGCAGUACUGGA